AUGCAAGGUUACUUGGUUGAGGGCAAAGAAACCAACAACGAUUAUUCUUAUGAAUGGUUAAAGGGCAACCCAGAUUUGGUGGCGAUUGAGAAGGGAAUACCAAUAGUACAUUUCAAUUCCGAAAUACAAAAAAGAGAUUUAGAGAUGGAAUUCAGAGUAUGUUUAAGUUUCUAAGAAGUUGUUACGCAGAUUGACAGAAACCUAAUAUCACAAUGAAAACUUGCAUGAUUUUAAUCCCGACAUCUAGAAAUUGAAUAGGUAUAACAAUAUCAUACCAUGUAAAUAAAAUUUAAUCAAUAGUCAAACAUUCUAUUGUCAAACUCAAAUAGGAGGCCGAAGACGAAGAGAAUCUCAAGGACACCUAUAUUAACGCCAAUUUUAUCAAUGUAUCCCUCCACAUUCAUAUCUCGAUUAGCUUAUUAAUGGUAAAGAGAAAAUGAUUAUCGCCACCCAGGGUCCCUUGACUCAAACCUUUUCACAUUUCUGGAGAAUGGUGAUUUAAGAAGACAUGACCAUGAUUAUGAUGCUCUGUAAUCUAAGAGAGAACCAAAGAGUAAUUUCACCUUAUUAUCAUUUAGGCUUAAUGCGAGUAAUAUUGGCCAAAGAAUGUUGGAGAAUCCAUGCUAUGCGGAAACGUUCAAGUUAACUUACUUAGUUAAGAUGAUUUGGGAAAUAACAUCAUCAAAAGAGUUGUUAAAGUUACCCAAGAAUUGGAAGAGAAGACAGUUAUUCAAAUUUAAUGGUGUGGGUGGCCAGAUCAAGGAGUACCUUCGCCAAGUGACUUUGAAGUCAUGAGAGAACUCUUGAAUAUGAUUAAUGAGAAACUGCUCUCAGAUUAAAAAGUAGUUUUUCAUUGCAGGUUAUUCUAUCUUUGAUUUUAUAGUGCUGGAGUAGGUCGUACAGGUACAUUAAUUGCCUUGGCUAAUUUGAUGAUCCUAUUAAGAGCCUACAAAUCACAUAUCGGAGAGGACAAGUCAAGUAUUUAUUUAGUUAAUAUGGACUAGAACUUGAAGAGAAUUCUGAACUUUACAGAAUCUCUAUCUUUGGAAUUGUUCGCCGAUUGAGAGAACAAAGAUGGGGAAUGGUCCAUACUUCAGAGCAAUACAUAUAUCUAUAUAAAUUUAUUGAUGAGGCUAUUAGAUCUAUGUUUAACAUAUGA